GGAAGAAGAAGGUCACGCGCUGCACGUGUGAUAUAUAAGAAGUCCAGCCUGCUGAGUCCCUAGACUGGUCGUGUCCGCAGCUUCCAGACAUCGUGUUCUGCAGUAUUUGACUCUUUGAGUAGCCCUCAUUUACAACCUGGAAAGAUGGUCGAAGCAUCUGCAAUGUCAUCGAUGUCAUCGAUGUCUGGAAUGUCUGGAAUGGAGUCCAGUCAGUCGCAGACAGGGACUGCUGGAUCUGGCGAUGAGGCAACAAAAAACUGAUCAUCAUUGCAGUUCUAGUGUUGUUCCUCAUCGGGGCUGGAGUGGGUGGCUUCAUGCUGAUAUCGGGCGCAGAUACAAGCGGCAGCAGUGACUCAGCCGGUGGCAACGGUGGCAACGGUGCCGGCGAUGACAGCGUUUACCCCGAUCCGCCUCCAGUGAGACCGGACGGAGGCGACACUGACGAAAGUGGACAAGUACCGUCACAGGACCCAGCAGGCGGCACACCAGGAGCCCCAGGAGGAGCCCCAGGAGGAGCCCCAGGAGGAUCCCCAGGAGGAGCCCCAGGAGGAGCCCCAGGAGCCGAAACCCCACCCCCAGACGAAACCCAAGCACCCCUUCCCAAUCUUCCUGUGCGGAGAAGCUUCGUCAUGUGCACCGUGAGCAGGAUGUUUGAGGGCUAUGAUGUUUACAAGGAUGUGCCGUGCGAGUACAUUGUCUUUGACAACCUUCUCAUCUACAACGACAAAGUGAUGCCGACACAAGACUUCUAUGGAUGGGCGACUUUCAAAAAGUUCGUCCAAUCAAAGCCCUCACAAAUACUUGGAAUAGCCUUCAUGGGAAUGUAUUUGGACGGUAUAGCUGGGCUCGUGAGAAAGCCAAAGGUGCAGAAAGAACUGAAGGACCUCUUCCAGUUGGGUGUCCGUGCGUGCGGUGUAACUGGAGUAGAUAUUCCCACAGCGCAAGCGGCCCAGGCUACCGUCACCAAGUCCUUAAUCAACUUUUUUAGUGGCCUAGAAGCACCAGCUCAAAGUGUCGUCUAUUACUUCGGCACCUUCAUACUCCCAGAUGCGACUAAAUUCGAUGGCCUCCAAGGGUUUCUGAACGGCUUCGAAGUCCACAUCGCCGUUCUGGUGACUUACAACCUGCACUGGCAAAAGGUCUAUAUAGAGAAGUGUACAGUCGAAGCUAGCUCGUCUUGGAACCUGCCUGACGGCCCGACGUUUGAAAAUGCAGCGUAUGCCCUGGCGAAGCUGACUGCUCCGGACAAGGCGCUGGGAGUCUCCUUCAGCAUGGCCGUAUUCAGCUACACCACGUACGCCUACGUGAGCGACACCGUUCCCCCAUUCGGAGGAGGGUGCAAGUACCGAAGCGCAAUUAGCUUCCAGAACUGGUGCAACAAAACGACUGCCGCCGAGGGCACGACGGGAAAUAUGGCAGUUAGGUUGCAUGUCUACGACACCAGAACCGUGCUAUCCUUCGACACAAAGGCCAGUAUGGAGGCAAAAAUCAACGAAUUGAAAAAAACGGUGAAUUACCCGAUUGGCCUGCUCCUCGCGGACAUCCCAUACGACGUUAUUGAUGAGAAGCCUUGCACCUAUAUCAGCCUGACUAGGGUCAAAGGGAUAGCUGAAGUAGUACACAAGCAGUCCGCAAGAUAAACGAUUCACUGGUCA